GCCGUGUCGUGUCGCGUUAGGAGUGCCGCUUUUCUUUAGCGUUGAUUUUACAUUUUUAUAUUCCGGAAAAAUUGCUAUUAAAGUUCGAAUAUCAAACCUCUACCGGAUAUUGCAGUAUAUUCAAGUGUUGCUUGCAGUAGAAAAGUAUUUUUGGUGCGAUUUACGCGAGCCAAAAAAAAAGUCGCUUUUGGGUGAAAAUUCAAAAUGGCCUUCAACCAGAAAAACCCUCCAUGGCAGCGUAAUACCGGACAAAAUAUCGCGGGUAUGCAAACGAUUGUGAGUUUUCCCCAGGCGCAGCCGGUGUUCAAUCAGAAUAUGGGGCUUCAGCAGCAGCAAAGUAUGUCGAUGUUACCGCAAAUGGGCCUGCAACAGCAGCAACAACUCUAUUCCCAAGCGGUUCAAUAUCCGACGUCCCGUGCGAUUAAUACGAUUGCUUUCCAAAACCAGCCGCAAGCUCAACCGUCACCUCAAGUUAGCCAAGGUUCCUCGAAAUUCAACCCGAACCAACGCGUCUUCAGCGGAACCGGUCACGUUACGAAGGUUCAGAACGAUUUCGGUUUCAUCGACGAGGAGGUGUUCUUCCACAAGAACGUUUGCAAAGGAAACUUCCCAAAGGUCGGUGACCGUGUACUGGUGGAGGCGGCAUACAAUCAGAAUAUGCCAUUCAAGUGGAACGCAACCAGGGUACAGGUGCUGCAAUCGGCAGGAUCGGGCGCGGUUAAUAGUAGCAGCAGCUCUUCCAGGCAUGUAUCCAACUACGGUUCCAGCCAGACGUCUAACGCUGAUCGUUCCGGACGGAGCAGAUACUCUCCUAGGAAAUCACCGGAUCGCCAUGGUCACCGUACAACCAAUCGUGAUUCGCGUCAACGUGAUGCAGAUGAUGAAGACCGUCGUCGGCGUCGCGACGAUAGAGACGGUGACCGGCACCGUGAGAAGCGUGACCGUAGCCCUGAACGAGAUCGUCGCGAACGCGAUAGAAGCCCUGUUCGGAAGAUGUCCCCAAAACGCAGGAAGGUUCGUCCAAUUCCUCGUUAUAUGGUUCAAAUGCCGAAGCAACUAUUGACCCUCAAAAACGCUGAUAUUCUUGAAAUCCGUCGACGUUACCAUACUUUAUACAUCCCGUCGGACUUUUUCACAUCCGAGAUUCGUUGGGUGGGCGCCUUCCCGCCGAAUGCACCGUUCUCUAUUCGCAAACCGUGUGCGUUCCAUGUGAUGCACAAGGAAGUAGAGCCGUUGCACGCCAACGAUGUGAAUUUGGAACCGGCUGAUGCUGACUAUCUCUACAGCGCAAAGGUGAUGCUGAUGAGCACUCCUCCGUUGGCAGAUUUCUAUCAGAAAUGUUUCACAACCACGGAAGAUCGAGAUCGCCACGACGAAGACCCGGAUCAUGUCCAUCCGACCCGUUUGAUCAAUUUCCUGGUGGGCAUCCGUGGCAAAAAUGAAACAAUGGCCAUCGGAGGACCGUGGUCGCCAUCUUUGGACGGAGAGAACCCUCACUCCAAUCCGAACGUGCUGAUUAAGACCGCCAUCCGCACGUGCAAGGGACUGACCGGAAUUGAUCUCUCCAACUGCACUCGCUGGUACCGUUUCGUGGAGCUCUAUUAUCGUCGUUCAGAAACCUACCACAAGGGUCGUUUGAUUCCAGCACGUAUCGAAAUGGUGGUUAUCUUUCUGCCCGAUGUACGUUCCUGCCAACCAACGCGUCCGGAGUGGGAUGAGCUGCAUCUUAGUUACAAGUCGCACUUGGAGCGUAUUAUUAAUAGUCAGAAUUCCGAUAGUCCGGUUCCGGCCGAUUCCUCGUCAGCAGGCGGCGAAGCCAGCGAUGAAGCGGCCACUCAGCAAACUUCUCCCGAUGGCGAUAAAGUCGCUUCCUCUGAGGCUAAGACAACUGCAGCAGCUACUACUUCAACAGAAACAACGACUCCUACUACUACUACUACUUCAUCUUCUACCGACAGCAGCGCUACGAUCGAUUCCGACAAGGCGGAUGCCAAGGAAUCAACCGAUGAGAAACCUGAAUCCACCAGUACCAAGAAUGAACCAUCCGACGAAAAAGCAGAUGUAGCAGAAGACAAUGAAAAGGACGAAGCUAAUGCCGACGAUUCAGCUGUUGCAGAGAAACCCGAGGAACCGACAAACUAUUCUCUGUUGGAUGUGAAGAAAAUGAAGGUGGCUGAGUUGAAGGCUGAACUCGAGGCCCGGAACCUUCCAACGGAUGGUGUGAAAGGUGUCUUAACUACAAGGCUAACCAAGGUACUCAAGCAGGAACAAGCAGAAGCUGAAGGAAAAGAAAACGAGGAAAAAUCUGCCAGCAAGGAAAAGGAAGAUGAAGAUAAAGUUGAAGAAAAUGAAAAAAAAGUCGAAGAAAAGGAAGAUAACGCUGAAGAAAAGGCUGAAAAACCUGCAGAAUCGGAGAAGCCUGCUGAAAAGGACGAGGAAGAAUUUGAAACUAUGGACAAUGUUGAUAUGUCGGAAGUAACUGUAAUCGAUGAGUACGAUUCCAAGUCUGAAGAAAGCAAGAAACCCGAAAGGGUUAAGCUGACCGAGAAAGAACGCCAAUUGCUCGAGAAACGGUACUCAUUGCCGGAGCAGCCUCAUAUUAUUGUGCACCCGUCCCGAACGGCAAAAUCCGGUAAAUUUGACUGCGCGGUUAUGUCGCUAUCGGUAUUGUUGGACUACCGUCCGGAAGAUUCCAAAGAACAUUCUUUCGAGGUGUCCUUGUUUGCGGAGCUGUUCAACGAAAUGUUGACUCGUGACUUUGGAUUCAAUAUCUACAAAGCUCUACAUUUGCUACCCCCGAAAAAGGAAGAUGAACCUAAGAAGGAGUCUACCACAGAAGACGCUAAGGAAGAGGAUGAGAAGAAAGUUAAUGGGGACGGUGCUAAAGAAAAAGAAAAAGAGGAGAAUGCUAAAGCGAAGGACGAUAAAGAUGAUAAGGAGAAAGAACGUGUCCGCGAGCGUGAUCGCGAUUCGCGCAAGAGAUCUCGCUUCGACGACGCCUCAGAAGAAGACCGCCGUCGUAAGGAGAAGGAAAAAGAGCGCGAGCGACUUAACUAUUACACAGCCGAUCGCGAUCUUUUGCUAUCGUUUGCAUACUUUGACAUAAGCCAUUGCGGUUACAUAUUCGACAAGGACGUUGAAGAUCUGUUCUAUACCCUUGGCUUGAAUUUAUCGCGUUCGCAAAUUCGAAGACUGGUAUCGAAAGCAGUUACCAGAGAUUCACUUUACUAUCGUAAGCUAACUGACAAAGUCAAAGAAAUACCUGAGGAGAAUAAAGAAUUGAAAGACAAGGACACUGAACAGAAGGAGUCCGUGGCUGAAAGCUCCGAAGUGACUGAAGUUGCUACUGUCAAAACAGAGAAAAACGAUGCCGAGGAAAUUGCAGAGGCCGAACUAGAGGAACUUGCUACGGGCAAUCGCAACAUCUUGGAACAAAUGAAGAUUAACCUUCAAGCUGUCCUGGAAUAUGAAGCAGUAGAAGAAGGUGACGAUCCACCAACCAAGAAGAUCAAACUUGAACCUUUGCGGGAUGACAGUGAUAUUCCCGAAACUAAUAAUGGGUUAGUUCUUCACAAUGGUGGUGUCCUUGACAUUCCAAAACUGCUGGAACAAAUGAGGCGUACCGAGAAGGCUCGUGAAGAUACCGAGCAACUUUUGAUCGAUUUACGUCGGCAGAAUUCUGACCUUACGAAAAGCAGCAACCGUUCCAAUGAGCGGAUUAAAGAUCAGUCGGCUGACAUUAAAAGUCUCACCCGCAAGCUCGUCGAAGCGGAGCAGAAUCUUCGGGAACUUACGAAAAAGUCCAAUGAAUAUUUUUCAACUUUAUCCAGUGUAUACGAUCGCGUUAGCGUUGUGAUGCAACGUUCUGAAUCAAAGCGAUCCUCAUCGAUCACUUCGUCUCGUCGUGGAAGCUCACGCGAUCGUUCGAGUCGUAAGGAUGCAAAGUCUAAGGACAAGGAACCAGAGCCACAGAAGGAUUCUUCUGAUAAACCAAAGGCAGAGGAGCCCAAGAAAACGGAUGAGCCAACUGUAGUUGAAAGCGUAACUUCCGUUAGUUCGAAAGAAAGUGUUGACAUCAAGAAACCGGAGGAUGCAAAAACUGACGAUACCAAACCAGCAGAGCAAAAAACUGACGAGCAAAAGAAGGAGUAAUCGCUAAG